CCCACCCCGCGCUCCGGCGGCCCCACCCCGGCGGCGCCGCCCGCCCGUCCGCCCGCGCGUCCGUCCGUCCACCUGCAGCAGGCAGUCCCUCUGGUUGUCGGAUCGAGCGGCGCCGGCUGAGCCCGAGGCCAGGGCUCUUGCUCCCCGGCGGAGGGAUCCGCGGCGGCUGAGGAGGCGGCGCUGAGAUUAGGUGGAAGAGGCAGCUACGGCGGCGGCGGCGGCGGUGGCGGCGGCGGCUCGGGCGGCAGCGCAUAAAGGGGCCGCCGCCGGGUGAUGCGGUGACCGCUGCGGCAGGCUCAGGAGCCGAGUGGGCCGCGGCCCUCAGUCCAUCCUGCCGAGCCCGCGCUCCCGAACUGCCCAUCUUCUCCAGCCGAGCCGCGAUCACCGAGGCGGCCUCGCGCCCCCUCGCCCCUUCCCCGUCCCUCCCCUGUCCCCGUCCCCGCCCCGGGGGCCACCGCCACCCGCCUCCCACGAUGGCUCUGAAGAGAAUCCACAAGGAAUUGAAUGACCUGGCACGGGACCCCCCAGCACAGUGUUCAGCAGGUCCUGUUGGAGAUGAUAUGUUCCAUUGGCAAGCUACGAUAAUGGGGCCAAAUGACAGUCCCUAUCAGGGUGGAGUAUUUUUCUUGACAAUUCAUUUCCCAACAGAUUAUCCUUUCAAGCCACCUAAGGUUGCAUUUACAACAAGAAUUUAUCAUCCAAAUAUUAACAGUAAUGGCAGCAUUUGUCUUGAUAUUCUACGGUCACAGUGGUCUCCAGCACUAACUAUUUCAAAAGUACUCUUGUCCAUCUGUUCUCUGUUGUGUGAUCCCAAUCCAGAUGAUCCUUUAGUGCCUGAGAUUGCUCGGAUCUACAAAACAGAUAGAGAAAAGUACAACAGAAUAGCUCGGGAAUGGACUCAGAAGUAUGCGAUGUAAUUAAAGAAAUUAUUGGAUAACCUCUACAAAUAAAGAUAGGGGAACUCUGAAAGAGAAAGUCCUUUUGAUUUCCAUUUGACUGCUUUCUAUGAGCCCACGCCUCAUCUUCCCCUGUGCACAUGUUUACCUGAUACAGCAGUGCUGCGUGUUGUACAUACUUGGAACAACAAACUAGAAAUACUGUACUUCUGUACCAACAUUGCCUCCUAGCAGAGAAGUGUGUGUGUGACAAGCCAGUUCUCCAAGCGUAACCUAGGUGUGAGACUAAAAGUUUUCCUUACUGACUUAAAUUUGGAUAACGGCAAGGUGAGGGGUGGUGGGUAUGGUGUGUGCUUGGAUGGGGAAGAAAAGCUCCACUGACCUGUAGGAGAUUGUUUUUAAGUGGAUUGUUUUAAGUAUCCUUUUAAACUCAAAACAGUUAUGAAAAGCAAGGCGAAGAACACGAAGCUGUUUCUGUAUUCAUUUUAUUCCGAAGGACCUCCGUCUUAGGUGAAAGUUAUGACCAACCAGAUUAAACUCUACCCACAUCCUGUAUUUUAAGGUCUAAGUUUAACUGGUCAACAUUUAAAUGGAUUGGAGCUAUUAGUACAUAAAGUGUGAUGGGCUUUGUUCCCACAUCUUUUGCAUCUCCCCACCCUUCAACCUUUGUCCCUUCAGCCCCUUUCUCUCUUCCACAUUCUUUGGUUUGUAUGUGGUUUCUCAGUUAAUACAUAGCUAAUAGCUCUUAUUUUUCUUAUGUUUUUAACUGCUUAGGUCUAUCUGGAUGUAAGGGUGAAAAUUCAUUUGAUGGAAAUACUUGUGUAUAUUUAAAGACCCAAUUGCUCCCCUGGAGCUUGUACGUUCAAGAAUGAUUAAUCUGUGUAAUAAACUGAUUACUACAGUCAUUACAUAUAA